CCCGACCCCCGGCGGCCUCUGUUGCCUGCGAGGCUCCCAGAUUGACCGUCCUUUUCCACAGCCGGAUCCGGGCCCCUCCCCUAAGACCGCCCAUCCGGUCUCAGGAUUUGGAAACUGACCCCUUCUCCCUGUUGCUGUUGACCUGGGCUCUGAUUACGCAUAUUGAUACCCUAAGGCAAGGGCCUGACUCCUGCCCGCUGAUCCCCCUGGUCCCCGCUGCCCUCCAGGAUAGCAGAGCCCCCGCUUGGCCUUGUGGAACCUUGACAUUGCAGCCCCUUGGCACCUCAGAGCCGCCCCUCUUCUGUCUUACUUAGGCCGGGCUGCUCCAGUGAGGUCUCCCCAUGCCCUCUCUCCGCAGGUACCCCCAGCCUGGGAAAAGAUGGUCCCACGGCCUCCGCCCAGGGGGCUGGUCCCAACCCUGCUCUGGGGCCUGAGCCUCAGCCUCCUGGGCCCAGUCCAGCUUCAGCCCUCGCCCCCUGCCCAGGCUUCUCCCCCCACGGAGUCCCAUCCGUGCCACACCUGCCGGGGACUAGUGGACAGCUUUAACAAGGGCCUGGAGAGAACCACGCGGGACAACUUUGGAGGGGGGAACACGGCCUGGGAGGAGGAGAAGUUAGCCAAGUACAGAGACAGUGAGACCCGGCUGGUGGAGGUGCUGGAGAGCGUGUGCAGCAAGUCGGACUUCGAGUGCCACCGCCUGCUGGAGCUGAGCGAGGAGCUGGUGGAGAACUGGUGGUUUCACAAGCAGCAGGAGGCCCCCGACCUCUUCCAGUGGCUCUGUUUGGAUUCACUGCGGCUCUGCUGCCCCGUGGGCACCUUCGGGCCCUCCUGCCUCCCUUGUCCUGGAGGCGCAGAGAAGCCCUGUAGCGGCUAUGGGCAGUGCCAAGGGGAAGGGACACGAGGGGGCACUGGAAUCUGUGACUGUCAAGCCGGCUACGGCGGUGAAGCCUGCGGCCAAUGCAGUCUCGGUUACUUCGAGGCUAAGCGCAAUGCCAGCCACCUGGUAUGUUCAGCUUGCUUCGGGCCCUGUGCCCGCUGCUCCGGACCAGAGGAGUCCCACUGCCUGCAGUGUAAGAAGGGCUGGGCCUUGCACCACCUCAAGUGUGUUGACUGUGCCAAGGCCUGUCUGGGCUGCAUGGGGGCAGGGCCGGGCCGCUGCAAGAAGUGCAGCCCUGGCUAUCAGCAGGUGGGAUCCAAGUGUCUAGAUGUGGACGAGUGUGAGACCGUGGUGUGUCCAGGCCAGCACGAGCGCUGUGAGAACACGGAAGGUGGCUACCGCUGCGUCUGUGCCGAGGGCUUUAAGUCCAUGGAGGGCAUCUGUGUGAAGGAGCAGGUCCCUGAGUCGGCCGGCUUCUUCUCGGACAUGACGGAGGACGAGCUGGGCGUGCUGCAGCAGAUGUUCUUUGGGGUGAUCAUCUGUGCCCUGGCCACGCUGGCUGCCAAGGGCGACCUGGUGUUCACGGCCAUCUUUAUUGGGGCCGUGGCAGCCAUGACCGGCUACUGGCUGUCUGAGCGCAGUGACCGUGUGCUCGAGGGCUUCAUCAAGGGCAGAUAAGCCCCCGCCCCACAUCGCCCUGCUCCCUGCAGGGUGUCCUGCAUCCCAGAGGGUGGGCCUCUGCCAUGGGACACUCAGGGCAGCUUGGGGGUUAGGCACCCCCUUCUAGCCCUGCAGAGCAGCGCAAGGUUCCCCGGGGACAGGUGAGGUCCCGGGAAAUAGCUCUGAUGGUGGGUGCAUGCUCUCCCCCCCAGGAGGAGUGGGCAGGCCUCGACAUAGGAAUGUGGAGAAAGCGACUGCUUAGUCAGCCAGUGGUGAGCUUGGGCCCCGCCCAGAGGGGGGCUCGCCCUGGGGUGGGGCCUUGCGCCCCCAUGCCAUCUGCCGCCUUCUGUGUUCACUCCCUGCCCCCCCCCCCAGCCAUUGGCUUAUUUACUUAUUUAUUCAUCU